GUCAAAUGUGUCGUCGUACCUGCAUUUAUAGGUUGUGGCAUAAGUAGUUUUGUAUUUUGGAUAUGCCCAACCAAAAAAAAAAAAAAUAAUUUAAAAUAGUUAACUGAUUUUGAAAAAUAUAUCAAUUGUUAUUUUCAGAAUUUAAACAAUGUCCUUGAUUGCUGCAUUUUCCAAGUUAUGUGUUAGCAAUGCUAUCAAAGGCAUACAAAGAUGUUCACAACAACAGUUCCACAUGACACCAGUGGUAUGCGGUGAACCAAUGAAGAAGAAAAAACGUCUUGAUCCGGCCAUCGUCAAGGCUCGUCUCGACAGAAGGAAGAAAAAAAUCGAGAAGCAAAUCCGUCGUCUGCAAAAAAAUAGUCGACAAUUGAAACCGAUCGAAGAAAUUGAGAAGCCUAAAGAAUUGCACAAAAUAGAAGAUCAAAUUGCUCGUAAGCGUCCACCAGUUCAAUUGAGCGACGAGCAAAAGGAAUCUAGAGCUUUGCUGCAGAAAGAUUGGACUCGCUUCCAACGCCAACAAAAGCUGGAGCUGCAUCAAAUUUGCAGGAAUAUUCUACAAAGUCAAAACAAGGCACUAGAAGAACUUCGGCUCGAAUCGGAGGAAUUGUAUCAAGCAGCCAUUCAACCGGAUGAAAAUUUGUUAACUCUCAAUAUAAAAGGACCUGCAAAUACACCACCAAUUAAAAACUACGAUUCACCAGAUGGAGACUACAAAGACGUUACCAGAAAGUGGGAGUGAACAAUUUUUAUUGAUAUUUUAUGUAGAAAGAAAAAAAAUGCAAAGGAAGUAAUUAAAUAUAAAUCGAUAGAUGAAAUGAGAAAAA